CACCUGAUCGGGAAAGUAGUACUCCAGCUAUAGCUGUACAUACAUAACAGUCAUAAUUCUAAACACAAAAAGCAACUACCACAUCGUCAUCAGACAUCCCGGCUCCAUAACCGAGCUCUUCUGUUUUCACUAAAACAGAGCGGAAAGCGGUUCAGGUUACGUCACUACUAUUGUGCCCCGCAGAUUCACAAAACAUUCUCGAACACCUCCAGCCAAAACCUCCUUCCGUCAUGACCACCAUUGAGUCAACUCCUGAGAAAAUGUCAAGCGUUGUCCUUGUUACUGGUGCUACCGGCCUGCUCGGCCGGCAGGUAUUCAACACUUUCAAACACUCGGGGUGCUUUGUCGUCGGUCAAGGCUAUUCGAGAGCCAACCCACCGACCAUCCUGAAAGCCGAUUUGGAGGAUAAGGAAGACGUGAAGCGUAUCCUGGACGAAGCAAAACCUCAGAUUAUCAUCCAUUGCGCCGCCAAUCGUUCUCCCGAUUCGUGUGAGCAAGACCCCGAGAAAGCGCGCCGGGUGAAUGUCGAGGCUACGCGGACCCUUGCCGAAGAAGCCUCGUCUCGCGGCGCAUUUCUCAUUUACAUCUCUACGGACUACGUGUUUCCUGGUAAGGAAGGAGAAGCUCCAUAUGAGGCCGAUGCGGAAACGAACCCUCCCAACCUUUAUGGUCAGCUGAAGCGGGAUGGUGAGAUUGCUGUUCUGGAGGCGACCAAGGAGACCGGGCUCGGCCUCGUCCUUCGGGUGCCCGUCUUGUACGGUCCCUCAGAGAAUAACUCGGAGAGCGCCAUCAAUUGUCUGAUCGAUGCGGUGUGGAAGUCUCAGGCUCCCGAGUCAAGCGUGAAGAUGGAUGACUGGGCCCAACGGUAUCCCACAAACACCGAAGACGUUGCGCGCGUGUGUCGCGAUAUUGUCAUUAAGUAUAUCAAGGAGCGCACGCGGUUGCCCGAGCAGCCUCAUAUUCUCCAAUUCAGCUCGGAAGAUCGUAUGACCAAAUAUGAGAUCUGCGAGAAGUUCGCGGAGGUACUCGGGCUACCCCUGGAUAGGAUGAUCAGGAAUAAGCAAGGGAACGAGCCUGGUGGAGUACAAAGACCCUACGAUACUCAUCUAUCGACCAAGGGACUCAAAGACCUCGGAAUUGAUGUCCGGACUACGGAUUUUGUCGCGUGGUGGCGGAAACAUCUGGGCGCAUACAAGAGAUAAGCCACUGCGCUGAGCGUUUUUCGAUCACACUUAGGACUUGUUUGUGGAGAAAGAAGAGAUGUCUGUGUGUGUACGGGUACUAGAGUAUGACGCAGAGAUCGCGUACUGGGAAAAAAA